CCCCCGCUCCUACAGAAAAAAGAAGAAGCGCCGCCUUUCUAGUUCUGCUUCGUCGGGCUCAGGUCUGACCCCACAGGUCUCUGCAAGCAAUGGAGGCGGGAAAAGCUACGCGGCGCCUUUAAGAGCUUGUCCGCGCCAGCGCGGGAAAGGAAGCUAAGGGGCGGGGCUUAGGCCAAGCCCGCGAAAGUCAGAUACUUUGUUGCCGCCGGAUGGAACGCUGAGCAGCAGGCCGGGCUCGAAACGUUCCAUCGGGAGACGAAGCGGCCACGUGGACGCCAUGGCGCAGCUCCGGGUCACCGAUUUCUUCGCGCAGAACAAGAAGGGCCCCGCGGCGGGCAGCUUGAGCGCCAAGCGCCGGAAGGUACAAGCUGAUGGAGCCCCCGAGCUCCCGGAGGCCGGCAGGCCCGAGAAGAAGGAGCAGCAGCAGCAGCAGGAGGAAGAGACGGGGCUGGGCCUCUUGGAGCCUCCUCGCACCCCGCUCGGCUCCAGCUGCCCGCAGCCCUCGCUGCCCAGCAGCAGCAGGAAAAGGCGCAGGCCGGAACCCGAGGCGAAGCUCACGCCGGUCUCUGCCCAAGGCCGCCUCGGUGCGAAGGGCAGCGCCCGGAAGACGCUGGUGAUGCCCGCGGAGGAAAAAGGGGAGGCGGUGAGUGACCCGAAAGGAGGGGAAGCAGAACCGCGCGCUCUUACUUCGAGCCUCUUUAAUCCGGAUUAGUUGCCCGGAGCCUUGUUGUGUAGUGGGAAAGGCUGGAAGUCGGGGUUGUGUGAAUGGGCCCGCCCCUUCGGGUUUUCUUGGUCCUUCCCGGGUGUGAGCUCUGAGGCGACCUUUCUAGGGAAGACACCUGUGGGGUCAGACCUGCCAUGCCAUUCCCACGUUGGUUGUCUGCAGUGUCUUGGAUGGUUGAGGUAGACUGUUCCUGAAUAUGGCGGUGCUAUUAAGUUGUCGGAGUGUAGAGGCCUUGUUGGUUGGUUAUUCACUGUGCCCAAAAAUGGGAAAAAGAAUACUUCUGAAAUGGGCAUUAAAAUGGUUAAUGGGACUCAGAGCAAAAUAUGUGUAAAGUGUUGUACAUUGAGAGUAAAAAAAUAAUAAUCCCCCUGACUUUGCAGCACAUGCAUUAAUAGGGUUUGAAUUGGUGGGGACUGACCAAGGAGGGAAUAUGGGUUUGUAGUGAGUAAGAUAUUACAGUGAGAACCCAAUGUGGUUAGAAAACUUGGAAUACUCUGUUCAGUUGUAAUUUGAAUCCAUUGGUUUGGUUCCCACACUCUGGAGCAGCAGAAAACAAGCCUGCUCCUUAUUGCAUGUGACAGCCCUUCAGAUAUUUGAAGCUGGCCAUCAUGUCAACUCUCGGCCUUCUCCUCUCCAGGCUACAUACUGAACUCCCUUAAGCAACUGGUAUUCUGAAGGGAGACGUGUUGCCAAUUCUGACUGGAGUGCUUCUGUUUCAGGUCCCAGGCUUUGCUUCCCCCACAGCCCUUGGGCUACCCAGCCCCUCCAGUCUGGAUAAAAAGGCAAAGGAUUUGGCCAAUGUGACUCUUUCACCAGAUCUGCAGCUGGAGACCACAGUGCAGCCUGGCAUAGUGCCGGUAGAGAAGGUGAGCUUUGGAGCUUUGUAUAGGCCACCAUCUCUAAACAUCUGACAUAGCAUUCUGCCGCCUCCUGAAGCUUGCACAGCUCGGUAAACCUGAUAGCCUCUGAGCUGCCACAGCACCCUUUGUCAUUAGCAUACACAUUGACUGGGUUCAGUGGCUCCAGAUUCUAAUGACCCAGCACUACCUCCUGUGUUCAAAACUCCCAUUGUUCUAGGCGCAUUUUGCAACAGGGAAUUUCAUUAGUACGAGCAGUUCCUGAGUUCUGGGCGCAGUACUGCGCCUAAGAUUUCAGAUUAAAGCUGCAGAGUGGAAGGAAAGGAGGAGCUUUUUCUGCCUCCCCACUUCCAGCUAUUCUCUGAAGACUGGAGAAGAGACCCUCUUAAGAAUAUUAGAGGGGUGGGCAGGGGAAAGGACUAGACCCUGUGAAAAAUGAACAUAAUAUUUUAGCUGCACUUCAUUCAUUUUCAGCUUUGUAUUCUUGUUUUUAAAAAUGGGUGGCUAGACAUUCUGUUGUAGCACCUGUAACCUCAGUUUAAGGUGCUAUUUAGCUCCUAGCUUUCAUAUCUGAGUUUCUAACACUGACUACUUCAGAGCUGCGAGAUUAAGGAAAGAUGCAGCACUGCUGCAGAGCUGUGCUAAGUUUGCUUAAGAAUUGCAACCGUAGUGAUUGAGGGCCGGCAGUCUGAUGGAGUCUGUGAUGCUCACAGGCCAUUCAGUUGCUUACCUCGCCGCUGGUUGCCGCUUGCCACUGGCAAGUACCAAACUGUAGAGAUUACUUAAAAGGAUUGUCUGCUGGAUAUUUAGAUUUCAAAAGGGAGCGUUGCCUGUACAAAGGAACAUAGGAAGCUGCCUUAUACCAGCUCAGACUAUUAGCCUAUUCAGGCCACUGCUGUCUACUCUGAAUGGCAGUCCCUCUCCAGGGUCUCUGGCAAAGAGAGGUCAUUCUUGCCCUUUCCUUCCCUAUGUGAAUAAGGCAGGAAUCUCCCUAGCUGAGAUUUCUCUCCUUCCAAACAGGAGAUGGUGUCUAAGGAGAAGUUGGCGGAGCUGAGUGGUCGUCUGGCAAAGAUGCGUGCCCUGGCAAAGAAAGUCACUUUGCCAGCCAGCUCCUCAGAGGCUGACGGUGACAUAAAGAGCAGAUUAAAACGGGCUCGGCUGCUGGAAUCCAAAAUCAGCAAGAGGAAAGAGGCUGAGAAGGAGAAAGUGAGGAACCUCCCUCAACUCCAGCUGGGCGAAAGCAAUCCUGAGCCAACAGCAGAGACCAGGUAGGGGAAGAGCUUUCUGAGGGGUUGGCCUUGGUGAUGAAGCCAGGUGUCUGGUGAGAGGGGACAUGGCGAUUUUCUAGAUCAGGGGUCUUAGGGUAUUGAACCCUUUUUUUUGGAAAUUCCCAGGGCGACAGCUUGCAUUUGAUGCCUUUUUACUUUUAGCAUAUCAGUACUCAUCCAUCUUUCUUCUUUGUGUGUAAUAUUGUGCUGCUGCAUGCAGGGAUUAAGUUUAGCAAAUUUAUAAAUUUGUUUUCUGUGCCUGGUGUUCUGUAGUACAACAGUUAUACUAAUAGUUUGAUUGCUGUUGUUUUCUAUUUUGCUUUGUAUGUUAUAUAUUUGUACAAAGUUCCUUUCUGGUUACUGGCCAUUGGCCAUAAUAGAGUGAUUGUUUGAUUCAGUUUAGGAGUGGUUAGCUUGUGCCCACCCCAAUUGUUAUGUGACUGCCAUUUCCCCUAGAGAUUAUUGGCCUCACUGGCUGGGAUUGGUGGGAGUCUAGCAACAUCUGGACAGCGACAAGUGAGCCAUCCCUGUUCUAGGCCAUCAAACAGCCCAAUCCUAAGCAGAGCUGGGCGUCUCCUACCAUUUGAGUCUGCAGGAUGGUUGGAUGUCCCAGUCAAUAAUUAGGAUUGCAACGCCCAGCCAAUAAAUUGAUUUAAAAAUAUUUUUGAUCCGCUAGAAAGGUGCCCCUCAGUAACUUGUACAGCAGAUCUGAAAAUGGCUUUGCUGCUCUUAAAUGUUUGCAACUAUCAUCCAAAACCUCCACCGACAACUACAGUGGUGCCUCGCAAGACGAAAUUAAUUCGUUCCGCAAGUUUUUUCUUCUUGCGAGUUUUUCGUCUUGCGAUGCACGGUUUCCCAUAGGAAUGCAUUGAAAAUCAAUUAAUGCGUUCCUAGGGAAACCGACUUCAGACCAGGUCCGGGGACAGUCUGUCCCCGACCUCUUCUGAAGGCUGGGGGGGACAAGGGCUUUUCUUCCACCCCCAGCAUUUUAAAAACCCGGGACAGCGGAGGGCUUCUCCGCUGUCCGGGGCGAUCUUAAAAUGCUGGCGGGCGGCAUUUAAAAUUGCCCCGGGACAGCGGAGGACUUCUCCGCUGUCCGGGGCAAUUUAAAGCCCCUGGGAAGGCAGGCAGGGGGACAAAGACUUUUGCCCCCGCCAGCCUUCAGAAGAGGUCCUGGACCUCUUCUGAAGGUUGGCGGGGGCGAAAGUCUUGUCCCCCCACCUGCCUUCAAAAGCUGUCCAGCCAAGGCUUCGCGGACCUCUCCGCAAGCAGCGGCAGCACUGCCGCUGCUUGCGGAGAGUUACCGGCAUGCCGAAGCCUGCGCGCGCUGAGAUCAGCGCGCCCAGGCUUCAGCGGACCUCUCCGCGAGCAGCGGCAGCGCUGCCGCUGCUUGCGGAGAGUUGCCGGCAUGCCGAAGCCUGCGCGCGCUGAGAUCAGCGCGCCCAGGCUUCGCGGACCUCUCCGCGAGCAGCGGCAGCGCUGCCGCUGCUCGCGGAGAGUUGCCGGCAUGCCGAAGCCUGCGCGCGCUGAGAUCAGCGCGCCCAGGCUCCGCGGACCUCUCCGCGAGCAGCGGCAGCGCUGCCGCUGCUCGCGGAGAGUUGCCGGCAUGCCGAAGCCUGCGCGCGCUGAGAUCAGCGCGCCCAGGCCUCGCGGACCUCUCCGCGAGCAGCGGCAGCGCUGCCGCUGCUCGCGGAGAGUUGCCGGCAUGCCGAAGCCUGCGCGCGCUGAGAUCAGCGCGCCCAGGCUUCGCGGACCUCUCCGCGAGCAGCGGCAGCGCUGCCGCUGCUCGCGGAGAGUUGCCGGCAUGCCGGAAGCCUGCGCGCGCUGAGAUCAGCGCGCCCAGGCUUCGCGGACCUCUCCGCGAGCAGCGGCAGCGCUGCCGCUGCUCGCGGAGAGUUGCCGGCAUGCCGAAGCCUGCGCGCGCUGAGAUCAGCGCGCCCAGGCUUCGCGGACCUCUCCGCGAGCAGCGGCAGCGCUGCCGCUGCUCGCGGAGAGUUGCCGGCAUGCCGGAGCCUGCGCGCGCUGAGAUCAGCGCGCCCAGGCUCCGCGGACCUCUCCGCGAGCAGCGGCAGCGCUGCCGCUGCUCGCGGAGAGUUGCCGGCAUGCCGAAGCCUGCGCGCGCUGAGAUCAGCGCGCCCAGGCUUCGCGGACCGGAGAUUUCCCUAUGGGCUUUCGUCUUGCGAAGCAAGCCCAUAGGGAAAUUCGUUUUGCGAAGCGCCUCCAAAACGGAAAACCCUUUCGUCUAGCGGGUUUUUCGUCUUGCGAGGCGUUCGUCUUGCGGGGCACCACUGUACCUGUGUGAGAGCUAAGGUGACAUCGUGCUGCCGUGUGACGGAAACACCCGAUUAUUUUAUUCUCCCCAUCUUCCCAGUGCGAAGGCACCAGCCUUCCAGCGCUUCCACAACCUCGCCCAGGAUGUCCCCCCGGGACUCGCGCUGCCUUACAAGUACAAGGUGCUGGCUGAGAUGUUCCGCAGCAUGGACACCAUCGUGGGGAUGCUUUUCAACCGCUCGGAGACGGUGACCUUUGCCAAGGUCAAGCAAGGCAUCCAGGACAUGAUGCGCAGGUGAGAGCUCACCCUUUCUCCUGGGGGUGGGCAGGGAGCGCGGGGGGCAGUCGCCUGUGAGCAGUCAGUCCGGAGAGGCAGAGAGAGUGACUAUCUCUCCACCUGGCAAGCUAAUAAUUCUGCCCAGGAUGCCAAGUGGGAAUAACAGAGUGAAGAUGAGAGCAGCCUUUGUAACACAGCGGUAGACCAGAAUUCCCUUCUGGGCUGGUGGUUUUUCCCCCUGAUGUUAAUUACUUGGCAUGUAAUAAAAUUGAUGGCCUUCCCUGAGCAGAAAGUACUUUGUGCAAUGAGUGGUGAACCAAAGAAGUUCAGCAAACAGGGUGUUGUCAUCAGCUCCAGACACCUCUGGUUGGCCCCCAGUGCUCUUCCAAUGCCGCACACCCUCGCCAAACCUGCUCUGUGCCCAGAGUGCUUUGAGGACCCAUUAAACCAGGGGUCAGCAACCUUUUUCAGCCGUGGGCCAGUCCACUGUCCCGAAUUCCUAUGCCCCACAAAUAACCCAGAGAUGCAUUUUAAAUAAAAGCACACAGUCUACUCAUGUAAAAACACGCUGAUUCCCGGACCAUCCUCGGGUCGGAUUUAGAAGGCAAUUGGGCCGCAUCCAGCCCACGGGCCUUAGGUUGCCUACCCCUGCAUUAAACUGUGGUCAUGCUGCUCGGUUGCUUGAAUGGAUGCGAGGGGCUGUAGAAGCCUCUAACUUUUGGUGAGGUGGUUGGACUGCCCCCUACUGCUCAAAGUUAAGAGUUGCAGCUGUUGCCCUGCUCACUUUUGCCCCGACCCUUGUCUACCACUCCCACAUGCACGGCCCCCCGCCUGCAAAGGUUUCCCAUUCCCUUGACUAGAUAAAAUCAUGGAAGCUGGGUAACUGGUCUUGGGAGCUCUUGGCAGUGAUAAAUGGUGUUGGAACCUCCACAGCUAGAGUCAGAACACCUCUUUCUUCUGCUUGAAGACUUCUGGCCGGAGAGACAAAAGUGCUGGGCUAGGUGGAUACUCUUGACCACUUUUCCUUCAAGCUUUUAGUCCUCAUGGUGUUGGUACUAACGCACAAGGCCAGUACAGCUCAGGGUCAGGUUACUUGAGAGAGAGACUGCCUUCUCCCUUAUACACCCAGCAGAUUGCUUGGUUUGUGGGUAAGUUUCUCGGGCAAGUCCCUAAAUCUCAGAGGUUUGUCCCAUAGCAGCUUAGAGCAGGGCUUUUAGUGUGGCUGCCCCUGUUACAUGGAAUAGCAUUCCUGUUGAGAUUCAGCAGACGCCCUCUGUCUGCACUUUCUGAGAACAUGUUAGUUGUGAUUCCUGCAUUGCAGGGGGUUGGACUAGAUGACCCUUGGGCUCUCUUCCAACUCUUACCGUUACAGUGGUACCUUGGGUUACAUACGCUUCAGGUUACAAACUCUGCUAACCCAGAAAUAGUACUUUGGGUUAAGAACUUUGCUUCAGGAUGAGAACAGAAAUCACGCAGCAGUGGCGUGGCGGCAGCAGGAGGUCCCAUUAGCUAAAGUGCUGCUUCAGGUGAAGAACAGUUUCAGGUUAAGAACAGACCUCCAGAACGAAUUAAGUUCUUAACCCGAGGUACCACUGUAUUUGUUCCAUCAGCCUUUCCCAGCUGGACCAAUGGUUAUUUGCCAUCACUGUCUAUUUUGGACAGUUUUCAUCUUGUUUUAAAUUUAUCUGCUGUUUUUUGUGUCUCUAAAUGUUUUUUGUUUGCUUGCUGGUUUUAACGCUACGUCACCUUGAGAUGAUUGUAUAGAAGGUGGUUAAUAACUUAAUGACAAUAUCACGGGUGCAAACCUACUUUGCGUGCCUUGUAUCUGUCUGCCAGACCCAAGAACCUCAAGACUCUCCUGGUCCUCAUUUUGAGGGUGCCACUAUAUUAAUGGGAUGUUCACUCCCGAAGGGAUUGAUUACAUUCUAUUUAUCUGAUCGUUUAUAAACUUCUGAUUGCAUGCAAGAUCUUGGGUGCUGAUGUUCUCCCUGCCUGUCUGCAGGCAAUUUGAAGAACGGAACCUGGGUCAGAUCAAAGCUGUGUAUCCAGCUUCGUACAUCAUGCGCCAGGAGAAGAACAUUCCCACCUUUGGCACCCCUGGUCAGAAGAGAGGAGACUACCAGCUGACGAUCGAACCCAUGCUGGAGGCAGGUGGGUCCCGUGCGGCAUUUGCAAAAGAAGCUCUUAUGAGCUCGGGAGGAAAGUGGGCAGGUAGACUUCAUUGUACGUUUCCUGCCACACCCUUUGAAAUGUACCAAAGACCAAACUUGAAGACGUUUGUGCUGGGCUGCCAAAGAACAACCCCAGUGUGUGUCAUUGUAGGACCACUUCUUUACAGUAAGGCAACCUUGGUCCCGGGGACCCGGUGUGGCUCUCCAGGCCCCUGUUUCUGGCCCUUGGGAGUCUCUUUGGGCCGCACCCUGUUUGUUCCUGACAGUGGCGCCUCUUGCUUGCCUUGGGAGGAGGAUGGGGAGAGGAGUGUGUAAACACCAGCCUAUGCCAUAUUUUACAUUAGUUGCUCCGCCCACUUUUGCCUCUGGCCCCACCCACCACUGGCAUGUGCCCGCCUCCAGCCCAACUCAAAGGUUUCCCAUCCCUGAACUGGCGGGUAGAAGGGAACAGCAGUUUCAGAGGGAGCAAGAGGGAGAUGUGGCUCAUCACCCUUCAUUUUUUUGUUUCAGGAGAGAAGCUGUCGGCAUCACACCUGAUGCAGCGUCGGAAAAUAUUUGGCAGGAACUUGGUUAACAUCGUAAAAGGGCACCACAAGGCGAGUCUCUUCUCCCCCCCCCCAAAAAAGUGCUGGAUUUACCCAGUAAGCAGACUAAGCACAUACACCAGCAACGCAUGAGAAGCUUUGGGAAGAAUUUGACAGUUCAAAAAAAAGCACCAAAGAAUCGGAACUUUCAGGCAUCUUACACUCCACAGUCUUCCCCAGUUUUCCUGUUCUCUUCUUAUUACUUAUCCCCACCUAAACUGGGGAUGACGGCAACUAAUGUCUACUAACGUAGACCAAAAGAAUGUGAAGAAAGCAGAUACUGUCAUGGGUUGCACAAGACAUAAUAUGAACACACAUUUCUGCAAGCAUGCAAGCUCUUGAAAAAUACAAUUUUAUUUUACGGUUUAGUAUCGUCCUUGUUUUCAAUUGCAUAUGGGGGCACCAUCAUCUUGUCAGUGCCUAGGACCUCUGAAGGUCUUCUUCAUCUGGCCCUUCCCCCUCCCAGCUGUCGUCUCCUCCCUCCACUUGUUCCUGCCUUUGCCACGUAAAUGAGAAAAUACCUCCUAUGGAGGGUUGUUUCACAUCAGGGUUUCCCAAACUUGGGUCUCCAGAUGUUUCUGGGCUACAGUUCCCCUCAUCCCUGACCACUAGUCCUGAUGCGAGUUGUAGCCCAAAAGCAGCUGGAGACUCAAGUUUGGGACAACCUUGCUAUACCUUAUCAGUUGCUGGUCCGGGUGCUAUAUCAGGCAUAGUCAUCACCUCCCCUGUGCUAACUCCCCACAGGCUUUCUUGGCGUCUCUCAACCCUCCAAUGGUGGUGCCGGAAGACAAACUGACAAGGUGGCAUCCCCGGUUCAAUGUUGAUGACGUGCCCGACGUCGUCCCUGCAGAGGUGCCUCAGCCCCCGCUGGUGGACAAAAUCACGACUGCUCAAGAGGUGCUGGCCAAGGCUCGCAGCCUGAUGACGCCCAAGGUAAAGCUGGCCAAAGGAGAAGGCCCUCUGAGUGUGGGUGGAACUCUUCGACUUAGCUAUUAUUAUUUCCAUUUUAUAUCCUGUUCUUCCUUGCAAAGGAGCCCCCAGGGCAACAAACCUGUCAAUAACAUCAUUUUUUUAUACAGCCUUCUUGCAAACAGUUAGCCAGUGAUCUCUCAAGGUUGCCAGGAGCAGCUUCUUUCAGCCGUCAGAUGGAAUUCCUUGUGGAAGGAAUUCCACAAAUGGGGAGCCACCAGCAAAGAGGCCCUGUCGUAGGUUGCUGCCAACUGGGUAUGCCCCAGUGAUGUUGCAACUGCAACCUCACCUGACAAUCUUGGGAUAGGAGAUGCUUCAUACUGAGGAAGGCGCCAUAUUUGUAUGCUAAUACUUUGAAUUUCUGUGUACUAAAUUUGUAAGGAAUAUUUUAUAUAUUUUUUUACUGAUACCUUGAAUUUAUUAUGAGUGGAUCUUGACCAUCGAAAUAGGAACAUUUGUGAUGGGUCUGCCUCCUUGUGUGACUAUUGACUCUUUCCCUGCAGUCAGAAGUUGGCCAAUUUUUUCUUUGGACUUGUUUUUGUUUUGGCCUUAAUGCCAACCCCUAGCAGCUUUCUUUCCUCUCCCCCCAAAAAAAGGGAGGGGUCCAAAAGUUGGGAUUUGGUACUAGAGAGGGAAAGCCUGUGGCUAGAUAAAGUUGGUUGUUGAUUACUGUGCUGGGGAAGAGGGAGCGAGAGGUCUUCUGCUGCCUCAACCACCUGCAUUUCACUUGAAUGGGCUGUUUGUGCAUGAUGGGGGCGAGAAAUUGUUCAGGAGCUUAUCAGUUUACUGUUACGCAUGGCAUCGCAACUGCUUUUCAGCUACGCAAGACUCCUUUGCUUGCCAGGUGAGAAAAUCUGCUAGUGAUGACUGAUCCACCUGCUCUCUCUUUCUUUCUGCCACACCCAACAACAGAUGGAGAAGGCGCUGGCCAAUCUGGCUCUGAGGACCGCCGAAACCAGCCCCUCUGUGCCGGAGUCCCCUCAGCCACCCCCGCCAGCUCCGACUGGCACCCCCAGCAGCCUGAAAGGGGUGUCGCAGUCCUUGUUGGAGAGGGUGAGUGCCUUGCCGUCUCCUCACCUGGCAGGCUUCAGGCUUGUGGGAUGUGGGUCUCCUUUGUUCUUGGUUUGUAAAGUAGGGAACUCCAGGUCGCAACAUCCAGAGUCAGAAAGGGGGUUUGCAGAUGGGGCAGGACCACCGACCUGCUCCACCUCAUGCAUCAUUACCAUUACUAUUACAGUGGUACCUCGGGUUACAUACGCUUCAGGUUACAGACUCCGCUAACCUAGAAAUAGUGCUUCAGGUUAAGAACUUUGCUUCAGGAUAAGAACAGAAAUCGUGCUCCAGUGGCGCGGCAGCAGCAGGAGGCCCCAUUAGCUAAAGUGGUGCUUCAGGUUAAGAACAGUUUCAAGUACGGACCUCCGGAAUGAAUUAAGUACUUAACCCAAGGUACCACUGUACUAUUACUUUUAUUUCAUUUUAUUUUUUAUUUUAGUUUAGUAAGUAGUAGUAGUUUCCGAGCACAAUUCAAAGUGUUGGUGCUGACCUUUAAAGCCCUAAAUGGCCUCGGUCCUGUAUACCUGAAGGAGCGUCUCCACCCCCAUUGUUCAGCCCGGACACUGAGAUCCAGCGCCGAGGGCCUUCUGGCGGUUCCCUCAUUGCGAGAAGUGAGGCUACAGGGAACCAGGCAGAGGGCCUUCUCAGUAGUGGCGCCCGCCCUGUGGAACGCCCUCCCAUCAGAUAUCAAAGAGAUAAACUACCUGACAUUCAGAAGACAUCUGAAGGCAGCCCUGUUCAGGGAAGUUUUUAAUAUUUAACGCUGUACUGUUUUUAACACUUGAUUGGAAGCCGCCCAGAGUGGCUGGGGAAACUCAGCCAGAUGGGCGGGGUAUAAAUAAAAACAUAGUAUUAUUAUUAUUAUUAUUAUUAUUAUUGUAUUAGGGUGGCACCUUUGAGUGCAAGUUGCUGGAAAUUGCAAGAUGGGAGAGUGCCCUUGUGCUUGGGCCCUGCUUGUGGGAUUCCCAUUGGGGGCAUCUGGUUGGCCACUCAGAACAGGCUGCUGGGCUAGAUGGCCUGAUCCUGCGGGCUCUUCUUAUAUUCUUCCCCUUCCCACACAGACUCACUCCUUGUUCUUUCUGCAACGCUCUUUGCCCUGCCCUACCCACCCCCUUUCCUUGCCACAGACAAGAUGCACACUUAGAAUUCUAAAGGAUGCAUACCUCAGUUCCAGCAGAGCAUCUGCUUUGCACGCAGAAGCUAUCAGGGUUGAUCGCUUCUGAUGCUGCCGCCGCCGCCACCUCUCUCCCUUUCUCUCUCUCUCUCAGGUCAGAGCCAAGGAAGUUCAAAAGCUGCAGGCGCUGAUGGUGCGGAACCCGCAGCAGGAGCGGCGCCUGGACAUGCUGUCGCGUCUGCCGGAGAUGGCGCGGGUCCUGCGCAACGUCUUUGUGGCGGAGAAGAAGCAGGCGCUGCCCAUGGAGGUGGCGUGCCAGCGGAUGAUGGCCAGCUACCGGUCCCUCAUGACGUUUGGUAAGGGGAGGAAGAGGGCACACCUGGCGAGCUUUGAGAGGGAGAGAAGGGGGGUGAUGCGUUGUCUCCAGGCAGAGAUGGGGAAGCUGUGCCCCUUGGAUGUUGCAGAACUAUAGUUCCCAUCAUGCCUCAUUUUAGGCGGCUCCCAACACCUGAAUCUGCUCCAUUCUUCCACCCCAUCAGGGUUUGUUCCUUCUUAUUUCCCCAGCCAUUUUAAAAAGUGUCUCCCCUCUUUCUAUGAAGUUUCAGAACAACUAGACUAGGCUGUAUUUUAGGAGCAUAGGAACUGGCCUGCUGGGUCAGGCAAGUGGCCCAUCUAACCGAGCAUCCUAUUCUUCCCCCAGUGGCCGACCAGAUGCCUGUUGGAAGCCUGCAAGCUGGACAGGAGUGCAACAGUGCUCUGCCCACCUGCGAUUCCCAGCAGCCUGGUAUUCAGAGACCUAACGUCUCUUAACGUUGGAGGCAGGGUGUAGCCUUGUCCUCCAUGAGUUAGUCUAAUCCUCUUUUGAAGCCAUCCCAGUUGCUGGCCAUCACUGCCUCCUGUGGAAGGCAAGUUCGAGAUCAAAGUUUCAGCUUAAUUGGUCUUUAAAUACUUGACUUACAAAGCACUGCUUUGCUGCUUCCAUGGCUUGGGAUGAAGUUGUUUACCUCCCAGCUGUGUAAGAACAAACACCUUAUAGGUGUGUGUAGCACACAAUUGGAAAAGAUCGGCUUCCCCUGCAACAGUGGCUGAAUUGGUCUGUUGUGUUUACACAAAAAAUAAUCUUCUGUAUACUUGAGGGUAACCCGAUCAAACCCAGUUGGGCUGGGUAUUCCAAUCUGAAGCAGGGUGAUCGCUAGUCUAGAAAACUUUCCCUUUUUUGACCCUGGCACCACCCUCUGCCAGCAUGUGACUUCCGUCUUACUAUACAUGGAGCCCUGGGAAUGUGCCCUCUAACCCAAAAAAGCUGCAUAUCUUUUUAAGAGGAGUUGUUAAGAGGAUUAAUCGUGCAACUGUCUGCAUGCAAAGAGUCCUUUCCCUGCCAUGUUUUCAGUGGUGAUUUAACCACCAUGGAGUCAUUUAUAGUGGGUAUCCCUAUGAUAGACAGGGGCUUUCUGUUCUCACUUAACAAAAGCUGUUAAGUGAGAAAACAAUCAGUUGGCACAGUGCUCUGUCUGAAACUCUUCCUCUGUCCCUGCAGGAGAGACAGAAAAGCACCUUCGUCUCCUCUCAGAGCUGCUGCCCGACUGGGUGAGCGUUCUCCCCAUCCGGCAAGAAACGUACAUCAAGCUGGACAAAAGUGUGGACCUCAACGUUGUCACGGAGAGACUGGCCGCAAGGGCAAAGCAAGAGGAAAGGCUCUAAUCUAUGCUGCAGGAUGUGGGGAGAUCAUGACUUAGGCUCAGCAGCAUCAUUGUGUCCCAAUCUCUCUUGGGAAAGGACCCCAAUGGCCAGAGACGUGUGUGUCGUUUUCUCUCCUUGCAUGAAUGUGAGCAAAAUGUGAAUAUUGUGGCUUUUUCAGAAUUAAGAGGGUAUGGCAGCUCUCCUUCCUUCCUUUCCUCCUAGUUUUCUAAGUGCCAUCCUGGUGCCGGUGUAGCUGUUACGGUUCUGUAAGGCCACAAGAGAGCAGCACAUACAAACCAGGAAAUUCAGUUUGAUUGGCGUAUCACAACAAAGUACCAAACUUUUCGCCUUCGUGCAUUAAAAAAGUUCUUUGUCAGCACCGCUUUCCCACUUGCCAGAUUUGCUGAACAGGCAUAGAGAAUGACGCUGCAGGACCACAAAGCCAUUACUCCUUUCAUGACUAGCAUUUCCAUUCCCUCAUCUGGCAGGAACGGGUGGGAGCUGCCUUUUCCACAAAGGGAGUUUCAGUUCCUCCAAGACUUGGUAGAUAGAGGACAUUAAAAGUACUUUUUAAAAAAUUGGUUGUAAAACAUAACUUGUAUAUGAACCUUAGCAAUAACUAUUUAUUGAUCAGGAGGAGCUUAAAAUGAGUGAUUUUUAACUGGCCAAGCCAUUUAGUUGACAUUUUUGUCUCUUAGCUUCAGUAAAAGGGGAUUGAGCCAAGAGCAGCGGUGGUGGAUUUCUACAAUUUCGCUUGAGCCUGAGGUCACAGGUCCACCAUACAUUUAACGUACUGCCCCAAAGAAUGCUGGGAACUGUAGUUUGUUAAGGGUGCAGGGGUUCUAGCUCUGAGUGGUAAACUACAGUUCCCAGGAUCUUUGGGGGGGGAAGUCAUGUGUUUGUAAUGUAUGGUGUGGUUGUGACUUGACUUUGCAUGCCCUAGAGCACCCUGUCUCAACCUUUCCCCAGAUGUUGGACUUACAGCUCCCAUCUUCCCUGACCACAGCUCUCGCCUGGUUAAGGAUUAUGGGAUUUGUAGCCCAACCACCUGGGACCCUGAGGUUGGGAAAGGCUGGCCCAGCCCAUUGUACGGCUCUACAAUCGCACACAUGGAACCAGGGAAUCUAUCUGCCAGUAAAGGGACUUCCUUGUGACUGCAUGUGACCUCAUCUCUUCCCCUUCCUUUAUUUUUUUGGCUCUUUCCUUUAGCAGAUGCUGAGACAACUGCUGUUGUGACUUAUUUGCCUUAAACCUAUUAAAUUAAAUAUAGUUCACCCUGUUAGGCAAUCCAUGGGUUUGGGAGCUAAAUGGGGCCCUUGAAUUGAGGUCCCUGGCCUGCACCUGCCUCUUAGCAUUGCAGCACUGAGUUUUGCAGCAGCACGAGAGCUAUUCUGUACUAACUCCAAAACCAUCAGUGGCAGCACUGGAUUAUCUGUUCUGUGGCCACAGGAAGCUGAAUAAAACCCCUAUUCACAAAUACCUUAACUGACUCUGCUUGCAAGCUUAAGGGGUGGCUAAUUUGAGGCCCUCGAGCUGUCGCUGGACUACCAACUCCUAUCAUCCUGAACACCAGCCGUGCUAACUGAGGCUGAUGGGAGAUAGCUGAGGCACCUCCAGUAGCUACUACUGCCUUUUGUUGAAAUGAUCUUGAUGCCAUUUUUAGUAGUUAGAGCAACCUUGCAAUAACAUUUUAGAAAUCAGCAUGAAAAUAAAGAGAAAGCAGAAUGCAACAAAACCAAACGACCCCAAACCCACAGCAAACGGAAGAAUCCACACCAGAAAAGUGGUGCAGGUGAGUCUGCACAGUGUAUUUUGAUGGCAAAACUGAAGACCUAGCUAGAAAAAAUGGCGUUAUUGUUAAUUAUGCAAAUAAAACUUCAUUCUUUUUCG